AUGGCGAGAGAGAGGGAGCGGGUGAGGGAGCGGGCAGAGCGGCGUGCCAAGCCCGCCGGGCGCAGUGCCCGGGCGUCCCAGAGGGGCGGGCGCCCCACUGCCAGGGUGGCAUCCCUGAGGAGGGCCGGGCAUGAGGGGCCGGCAACCGUUGCCAGGGCACACUCGGUGCUCUGUUGGCAUGGCAGUAGGACUGAGGACAGGUACGGCUACGUCCCCGCUCGUCACUCCUCACGCCGCAGGGACAAGCCCCUCCACCAGAAAGCCAAUGGGGAUCAGGAUCAGACCGCAGGAGAGCGCCUUGGAUUGGGCAGCAGCGACACACUGACCAAUGGGAAUCGAGCAGACUUGGAGGCCGCCAAACGAUUGGCUAAGCGGCUCUUCAAGCUAGACGGAUUCAGGAAGUCUGAUGUAGCCCGCCACCUGAGCAAGAACAAUGACUUCAGUAGGCUGGUCGCAGAGGAGUAUCUUCGCCACUUCAAUUUCACAGGCCUGACUUUGGACCAAGCUCUUCGGGUGUUCCUGAAGGAGUUUGCUCUGAUGGGGGAGACUCAGGAGAGGGAACGUGUGUUGGCCCACUUCUCCCACAGAUACGUGCACUGCAACGCUAAAGUCAGCCACUCAGAAGACGGUGUCCACACCCUGACCUGCGCGUUGAUGCUUCUGAACACGGACCUCCAUGGCAAUAACGUGGGGAAGAGGAUGUCCUGCACGCAGUUCAUUGGGAACCUGGAGGGACUCAAUGACGGACAGGACUUUCCCAAGGACAUGCUGAAGCACCUGUACAGCUCCAUCAAGAACGAGAAGCUCCAGUGGACCAUAGACGAAGAGGAGCUGAGGAAGUCCUUCUCCGAGCUGGGUGAUUGUCGCGGCAACUCGUCUUCGCGUGACGGGGACACGCCCCCCUCCGGAGCUCUGCUCUACAAGAACGGCUUCCUCAUCCGCAAGGUCCACGCCGACUGUGACGGCAAGAGAACGCCACGUGGGAAGAGAGGAUGGAAGACGUUCUAUGCGGUUCUAAAGGGUGCAAUCCUCUACCUGCAGAAGGGUGAGUACAGGCCGGAUAAGCAGCUGUCUGAAGAGGACCUGAAGAACGCCGUGUCCAUUCACCACUCCCUGGCCGUGCGCGCCACCGACUACAGCAAGCGGCCCAACGUCUUCUACCUGCGCACCGCCGACUGGAGGCUGUACCUCUUUCAGGCCCCGAACGCUGAGCAGAUGCAGUCUUGGAUCACCCGCAUCAACACAGUGGCGGCCAUGUUUUCGGCUCCGCCCCUGCCUGCAGCCAUUGGCUCCCAGAAGAAGUUUAGCCGGCCCCUUUUACCAGGCUCCGCCUCCAAGCUCACACAGGAGGAGCAGAUGCAGGCUCACGAGGCUCGGUGCCGCGCCAUCACCAGCGAGCUCGCAGAGCUGCGCUCCUAUCCACCUGACCGCAAGGUCAAAGGUCGCGAGCUUGAGGAGUAUCGCCUGCGAGAUGAGUACCUAGAGUUUGAGAAAACGCGCUAUGGCACCUACAUGAUGCUGCUGCGUGCGAAGCUGCGCAGCGGCGAGGAGGACCUGUCGGUGUUCGAGGCCCAGCUCCUGGAGGAGGGCGGCCUCCAGCGCACCCACUCCAGCCCCACCCUGCAGGACUGCAGCCUGGCCAGCAGCAUCCGCGACCCGCCCAGCAAGGCCAGCGCCGUCACCACCACCACCGCCGUCGACGUGGCCGACGCCACCAACGCCGGCGCUGGCGCUGCGGCGGCGGCGGGCACCAACGCUGGUGCUACAGCGGGCACGACCACCGCCGCCGCCACCACCGCUACUGCUGGUGCCACCGGUCACUCUAGCGCCGCCCCGGUGGCCGGCGGCGGUAGCGGCGGCAGCAGCAGCAACAACAACAAGCGCAACGAGGGGCAGAGGCACAGCUACCGGCAGGCCGUCAAGAAGUGA